AAUCAGAAUACGCCAGCUGGGAUUCCGGGCUUUUGACAGAAUCCAACGUGUAUAAAGUAAAGCGUGGAUAAAAUUUAUGUAGUUAAAUUAAGAAUUUCAUUAUAAUAAAAAGUCUAUGAAUUAAAAGUUUUAGUGUGUUUAUUUUAUAAUUUAAGAAUAUAUUGUAUGUGAUAUAAAAAUUACUUUAUUAGCACAGUAAUACAAAAUAAAUAAAAUGAAUAGUUCAGUGUUAUUAACUCUUUCUAUUGUUAUUGGAUUAAUAUAUACUGUCAUAGCUUUGAAAAAUGAUGAAUGUGAAGUAUGUAUAAAUACUGUGGAAAGGUUUGUCAAUACUUUAAGUGAAGAUGUGAAAAUAGAUACAAAAAAAAUAGAAGCAGCAUUUAAAGAAUUUUGUAAAGGUACUAAAUCUAAAGAAAACAGAUUUUGUUAUUAUUUAGGUGGACUAGAAGAAUCUGCCACAGGUAUUUUAAGUGAAUUGAGUAAACCUAUAUCUUGGUCCAUGCCUGCAAAUAAAAUAUGUGAAAAAAUUAAAAAAAAAGAUUCUCAAAUAUGUGAUUUAAGAUAUGAAAAACAAAUUGAUAUUAAUACUGUUGAUUUGAAAAAACUUAAAGUACGUGAUUUAAGGAAGAUUUUAAGUGAUUGGGAUGAAACAUGUGAUGGUUGCAUAGAAAAAACAGAUUUUAUUAAACGAAUUGAAGAACUAAAACCUAAAUAUUCUCAUAGUGCAAAAUCAGAACUCUGAAAAGUGUUCAAAAAUAUAGAUAAAUUAUUACAUUAGUGUGGCUAAGCUUUCAGUGAAUGAAAUUAUAUUUCAUUAAAUUUUUUAUGUUAAUUAUGCAAUAUGUUAGAUAUAAAUCUAAGAAAUUAAUGUUGAGCAAUGAAAAUCUGUUAAAAAAGGAUAAUUCCUUUUAAUGUAGCCAUGCUAAUACAAAUUAAAUAUCAUAAAGGUGCUCCGUUUUUAUCAUAUUAAUAUUAGACAAAUAUAAAUAACUCAAAUUUUUCAUACAAUAAAUUAUUUUCAUGUUUUUAUCUUUCAUUGCUCUUCCUCAACUAUUCUGAUACAGUGCGUUUAUACAUGUAUAAAUCCUAUUUAUAUCAAGAAACCGUGUACUAUAUAAUCACAUAUGUAUUUGUGAUGAAUUAUCAAUAUAUCAAUGUGUUGUUAUAUGUAUUUAUAUUUUCUUUUUAUGUAUUGUAUUAUAUUGAAAAAAACUUGCUAUUAAUUCUAUAACAUUCUCAAUAUUUUUUAAGCAUUAUAUGCUAUAAUAUAUUGUUUUUUCUUAUUAAGAAAACAUACAUGUUCAGUAUUAAAGAGUUAUUAAUAAUAAUUAAUCAAAGUUAGUUUUAAUUUGAUCUGAAAUUAUAUUUAAAUACACAUAAAAUAUAUAUAAUAUUCAAAUUCAUCAUUAGUAGAACAAUUUCACUUGUACAAUAACAUUAUUUUGUGGAAACAUAUUUAUGCGUAAAACGAAAUAGAAUUAUAAAAUCUGAAAAAUUUAAUAAUUGUGGUUAUUUAAUAAAAAAAGUGAUUAAAUAAA